GCUCCCGCUCCCUACGCGUCGCGGGGGCAGCUGUCACCUGUAAGGCGAGCGCGGAGCGGGGGAUGGAGCCCGGCGCCCAUUGGACAGAACACAAAGGCAGAAACCUACCCCGAAGGCCGGGGCCCGGCGGGGCGCUGGGGGUGGGCGCUCCCCAGGUCCCCCGGCGCCCUUCGCCCCGAGACGCCCCGGCCCGGCGGCACCGGCGAGAUCGAGGUCCAGCUUCGGGGACACGCCCGGCCGGCCGCGGGGAAGGCGCCAGGUGAGUGCGGCCGCGCCUCCCGGAACCUCGCUCCCGCGCGUCCCGCGGCAACGCGGCGCCCACCUGCCCCUGCAGCCAGGAACCCAGGGCCCCGCCAUGGCGCUGGCCGCCGCCGCCGCCGCCGCGGCCGCCGGGGUGAGCCAGGCGGCGGUGCUGGGCUUCCUGCAGGAGCGCGGCGGGAAGGUGCGCAACUCCGAGCUGCUGAGCCGCUUCAAGCCGCUGCUGGAUGCCGGCGACCCGCGGGGCCGCGCCGCCCGCAGGGACCGCUUCAAGCAGUUCGUCAAUGACGUGGCGGUGGUGAAGGAGCUCGACGGCGUCAAGUUCGUGGUGCUGAGGAAGAAGCCGCGGCCCCCGGAGCCCGAGCCCACGCCCUCUGGCCUCCCCGAGACAGCGGCCCAGCCGUCGGAGCCCCUUGUCGUCUUACCGGGGGACGCCUCUGCCCCGGGAGCUCCGCCGUUGGUCUCCGCGCCGCAGCCGGUGGAGCCACCAGGGGACCCGGGUCCGCCAGCAGAGACACAGGACACCCUCGGGGCUCCGGCCUGUGAGCCCGCUCAGCCGCCCGGGGAGCGGUCCGCCGACCCCCGGCUUCCAGCCCUCGAGCUAGCCCAGGCCCCCGAGGGACCCUCCGCAGACGCGGCCCCACCGCUUAGGGCUCCGUCGGAGGCGGUCUCGCCCUGCGCUGAUCCACCAGACCCGGAUCCCGGGCCCGGGACAGUGGAAGGGCCGCCGCCGCAGAAGCCCUGCAUGCUGCCCGUGCGCUGCGUCCCGGUCCCCGCCACGCUCCGCAUCCGGGCGGAGGAGCAGGGCCUGCGCCGGCAGCUGUCAGAGGAGCCGAGCCCGCGGAGCUCUCCUCUGCUGCUGAGGCGGCUCUCGGUGGAGGAGUCCGGCCUGGGCCUCGGCCUUGGCCUGGGCUCAGGCCGCUCCCCGCACCUGAGGCGCUUGUCGCGCGCCGGCCCGCGUCUGCUGAGCCCCGACGCCGAGGAGGUGCCGGCCGCGCCGCCGCCGGCCGCCGUGCCCCUGGAGCCGUCCGAGCACGAGUGGCUCGUCCGGACGGCCGGGGGCCGCUGGACCCACCAGCUGCACGGGCUGCUGCUGCGCGACCGCGGCCUGGCGGCCAAGCGCGACUUCAUGUCUGGCUUCACGGCCCUGCAUUGGGCCGCCAAGAGCGGCGACGGCGAGAUGGCGCUGAAGUUGGUGGAGGUUGCGCAGCUCGGUGGCGCGCCAGUCGACGUGAACGCGCGCUCCCACGGCGGCUACACGCCGCUGCACCUGGCUGUGCUGCACGGCCACGAGGACGCCGCUGUGCUGCUGGUGGUGUGUCUGGGUGCCCAGGUACACGUGCGUGACCACAGCGGGCGUCGCGCCUACCAGUACCUGAGGCCCGGCUCUUCGUACGCGCUGCGCCGCCUACUUGGUGAUCCAGGCCUGCCAGGCACCACGGAGCUAGAUGCGAACGGGGGUGGAAGUGGCAGUCUUGCUGCCAGGCGCCCGGUGCAGGUGGCCGCCACCAUCCUCAGUUCCACCACCAGUGCAUUUCUAGGCGUCCUGGCCGACGACCUCAUGCUCCAGGACCUGGCCCGAGGCUUGAAGAAGUCAAGUUCCUUCAGCAAGUUCUUGAGCGCCUCACCCAUGGCUCCACGUAAAAAGACAAAGAUCCGCGGUGGUCUGCCAGCCUUCUCAGAAAUCUCUCGUCGACCUACUCCGGGGCCUUUAGCUGGUCUAGUGCCCAGUUUGCCCCCAACCACCUGAAGGUCCCUGGUGCUACCACCUGGGUUGAUCUAUCGUGGCCUGCUCCUGGCAGUCUAAGUCCGCCCAAGACUGCAGCUCAAUCAAUGCCUGCAGCCUCGUUGUGUUUCCAGCUUUGCCCACUGCAGCCUGUUUUACCCAGAGGGGCUACACUUCAGCUUCUCUCUGAAGCAUGACACAUCUCCAGAGAUGGUAUUUGAGAACUCAUUGAGAGCCUCCUAUAAAGAACUU